GCUCGAGGACCGUUCUUGGUGGAGUCCUCGCCACAACCAUACGUUUGGCUCGUACACCGGUCCACUUUGCGUUACAGGUGGUCGGAACUGCGCUAUCCAUUGUUUCAAUGAGGCGCUGAUAGCCGCAAUGUGAUUUAUCGUGCGCGACCGCCCCCACGGCGUCAUGCUCAUGCUGAUGUUUUUGAUGCGGUGGGACGCUGGGCGGGUCGCUUAAAUGGCCUACACUGAUAUCGUUCUCUUCGAGGUUGGUCUUCCCUUCCCAUCACCCGUUCCCCCUUUCCUCUUUUCCCCCUCGCGUCGGUUCUACAAGCGCCAUGGCCGCCAACCCCGUUGAGCUCCCUUUGGGCAUGCUGCUCAUUGGCUUGAUCAUAUCUUCUGCUCUAUAUGGUCUUGUAUUUUUACAGGGCUACAUAUACUUCCGCAGCUAUCCGGGCGACGCUACCUGGCUAAAGGUCACAGUGGUCACCAUCCUCCUCAUGGACACCGUCGCGACCGCCCUCUCAGGACGCGGGGUGUACAAUUACCUCGUCACGAACUAUGGCCAUCCCGAAGCGAUCGGUGCAAUCGAUCCGGCACUUGAGGUCGAGAGUCUCCUGACCGUCUUCGUGACUUUCAUCACCCAGGUAUUCUAUGGGCAUAGCAUCAGCAAAUUGGCCGGCCAGCGGCGCUACGUGGCCUGGAUCAUUUACUUCAUCGGCUUUGUCUCGCUUGCAUUCGGUGUCGCCGCGUGCGUGAACAAUUUCGUCUCCGUCCACUUCGCAGGCUUGAGCAUGACGAACGCGAAGAUCAUCUCCGGGUUCGCGCUCGGCGGGAACGCGGUGUGCGACUUCGCCAUCACGCUCGCGCUGUGCCUGCUCUUCACCGGGAGCAAGACGGGCUUCAAGCCGACGGACAGCAUCCUCGACCGGCUCCUCGUCUUCACGAUCAACCGCGGGGCGAUCGCCUUGGUCGUCCAGAUCUUCAACUUCGCGCUGUACAUGUGGAACCCGGCGAACCUCGUCUGGGCGCCAUUCCACUUCUGCCUGAGCAAGAUCUACUCGAUCUCCCUCAUCGCUACCCUGAACCAGCGUGACAAGUACCGCCAGUCCACGUUCACGGACGUGACCUCGAGCGCGAGCUUCCGGACCUCCUCGCAGGCCAACUCGACGUUCGUGAGCCAGCGGCAGAGAGGGUCGGGCGGGAUUGUACGUCUGGGAUAUAUGAUUUUUUGCCCUUGACACGACCACUAACUUGCCUUCCCGAUACUAGCCCCUCAAGCUGAAGGUGUAUACGGAGACGACGACGGAGACGUUGAAAGAGUCCGUUUCGAGCCCUGAGCCGUGGAAGGUGGCACAUGCAGUCUAGGGUGGUGCAUGCGGUCUAGGGUUAUGCGAUUUGCGGCUGAGUGACGAUUUAACCUUAUAUUUUGACACUUGUAGCUUUGUACUUGUAUGACUUGCGCAGUUCGGCCUCGUAUGUAGUUCCUAGUGGCUACCCUCAUUUAUUUUGCUAUUUAUGCUUGGCAAUGGAACUGCUACGAGAGAUGUGCUGUGGUG